UUCGAAAUUUCUUACAAAACAGUAUGCAGUUUACGUAACAUUGGAGUAGUGAAUAUAAGCAAAGAGAGGCCUCUUGAUUUGGAUCAAAUAGCUGGAAAUAUAAAAAAGUUAAAGGGAAAGCUCAAACAAAAUAAAUCGUCGUUAUGUCAGGAAUUAUUUUCAAGCUUGAGAAACGUGGAUAUUUCUGCACUAACAUGGAAGGAUUUUUUAGCCAAUCAGAUCAUCAGCGAUGAUUCAAUACUAGUACAACAGCUAACGCCUCAAUCACAAGAUAAUUUUAUGGAACUAAAACUAGCUUUUAAUGAGAAUCAUCAAGUCAAAUUAACGCAAAGAAUUAAGCAUGAUGGAACUUGGAAGGAAUCAGAAAAACAACUAGCAAAAGUUACAGAUAGAAUUUUAGAUACGUUGAGAGAUACUUGGAAUAAUCCAGCGUUUAGCCCCGAGUUCGCAGGGUUUCUGAGCGAAGGCACUUAUGUAAAUAAUAUCAUACUACCUGCUAUACGAGCUGUAUUAAAGGGCCUUCCUCUAGAAAAAUCUACUUUUGUCAGCAGUUCUGAACUCCAAAGUAGUGCAAGCGCGGAUAGGAGAGGCGAGGGGCGAUGGGGGAGAAGACCAGAUAUAAUGUUUAUAAUGAUGUGUGAUGAAAAAAAUUAUGAAUUGCUGUAUGCCGAGUGUUCACGAUUGACUUGUACGAUGAAAAAGGAACGAUAUGAUGCAGUAAAAUUGUGGAGGGAGUGUAAUGACGGGAUGUACUGGGCUCGUAAAAGUUCUAGGCCCGAUAAUGAUGAAUUUGGAAUUGUUGGUGUACAAAUAGCAGGAACUACGAUACGUUUGAAUGUUCUUAUUAGGGAUAGUGCAGACGUUCAUCGUUACUACCACCUACGUGAGGCGGAAAUACCAGUGCGACAGUCAAGUCCUAUUAUUGUCGCAAAUUUUAUAGAAGUCCUAUUAAUAUUGCGAAAUAUUUUGAUAGUUAAUAUGGACUUGCUAUAUAAUGCAUUAAAACCUAGAACGCCCAGAAAUGUGGAAGGUAGUUCUACUGUACCUUCUCCACAUAGAGAAGAAGGGAAACAAAUAAGAACAAGAAAGCUUGUUUAUGUUAAUUGGAAAUGUAUUGAUAGAGAAUAUCAUGGAUCUACAAUCGAAAAACAUUGGAGUACAAAUUGCAUAGGAAGUGCAUAUUGUGAUAUUAGUUAUAAAGACUAUAUGGAACUUAAAAGCAGAUCCGAAGCUAGUAACUCAUACUUCGAAAAAGAAGUAAUUCAUCAUUAUGAAUUGUGGAUACAGAAUACUAUUAGAAGAGUUAAAUGUGCAAAAGAAAUUA